UAAAUCCGGUGCUUUAUGAUCUCAUACUGCACGGAUUUGGAAACUACUGCAUGUGCACGAUUCUCAGCCUAGUUCCCUGCAGGUGAGGGAUUUUUUUUUUUUUUUUUUUUUUUUUUUUUUUUUUUUUUUUUUUUUUUUUUUUCCGGAAAGAAAACUGUAGCUCUGCCGUGAAGAUGAGUCCCACAGAGGUUUUGCACGGUGGAGUUAUCGAGAAAUUGACUUCGGGGAGACGAAGCUCCGACCUCCCAGGCACCAAGAUUUUUACCAACAACCCGGGAUGCUCACUGCAGGAGGGAGCGGGUGAGGAGGACACAGGGAUUCGAGGGCAGGACAGACAGGGAGAGGACACAGGUUCCAGAGACUUCUGUUUUAAGGCUCUCGGGGAUCCCUGAGAGUGCCCUUGAGGGUUCCAAGCGCGGGGAGCGAGCGCCGGGAAGUGGCGGUUACAGUCCCGGGUCCAGCGCCCUUUCCUGCUCCACUGCUCAGCCGGUUCGGGCGCGCCCAGGGCACCCGCCUCGCGCGCCCCUAAGCCCACACGGGUCUCGGCUCAGACUGUCGCGCCCCACCCGGCCCGCGCCACAUCCCACCGGCCCAUCCAGUAACGGUUACUGGACCCGCAGCCUCUCCCCUGCCCCCUCCUUCCCCGCUCACGAGAGCCGCAGUGCUGCGCCGUUUGGAGAGGGGUCAUCCGCCCCGAAACCGACGUGAGCGCGGGGCCGGCCCGUGGAGGCGGCUGAGGGAUCCCCCUCUUCCAGCCCGCCCGCUCGGAGCCGAACCCCGAGCUCCGUCCCGCUGAUUCGCGCCCCCAACCCACCCCGCGCCCGGUCACCCCCGCCGCGCCGCUCCUCCCUCCCGCCCCCUCGCUUCCCCGGCCCCCCCUUCCGCGGCGCGGCUCUCACGCGCAGCCGAAUUCGGCGCCGCCUCCAUCAGAGCCGAGCCGGCGGCUCCACCGAACGGCCGCGACUGCCGCCGCCGCCGCCGCCGAACCUUCCGCAUCCCCUCCCCGUCCCGCCCCCCAGCCCCAGGCGCCCAGGCCCCCUCCCUCCUUUUCCCCUCUCCCUCCCGCCCGCUCCGCGCUCUCUCUCCCUGCAGCCAGAGCCCGGCCCGCCAGCCGGGCCGGCAGGAGGGCAGCGGCGGCACAACCAUGAGCUUUGAGGGCGGCCACGGCGGCAGUCGGUGUCGCGGGGCGGAGAGCGGGGACGCCGAGCCUCCCCCGCAACCUCCUCCGCCGCCGCCGCCGCCGCCGCCGGGAGAGCCGGCCCCGGUCCCCGCGGCCCCGUGCUACCUGCCGCCGCUGCCCGCGUCCCCCGCGACCCCCGCGCGCGCCGCGGGGCCAAGCGAGCCGCUAGGGGAGGUGGCCCCGCGGCGCAGGGGCGCAGACGAGCUGCCGCCCCCGCCGCUGCCCCUGCAGCCCGCCGGCCAGGAAGUGGCGGCGGCCGGCGACUCCGGGGAAGGUCCGAGGCGCCUCCCGGAGGCGGCGGCAGCGAAAGGCGGCCCCGGGGAGUCUGAGGCCGGCGCGGGCGGCGAGGGCGAGCGGCGGGGCGCCGGAGACCAGUCCGAGACGCGCUCGGUGUGCAGCAGCCGCAGCAGCAGCAGUGGCGGCGGCGACCAGCGCGCUGGGCACCAGCACCAGCACCACCAGCCCAUCUGCAAGAUCUGCUUCCAGGGCGCGGAGCAGGGUGAGCUGUUGAACCCCUGCCGAUGUGAUGGGUCAGUUCGGUAUACACAUCAGCUGUGCCUGCUAAAGUGGAUCAGUGAGAGAGGUUCCUGGACCUGUGAACUCUGCUGUUAUAGAUACCAUGUUAUAGCCAUUAAAAUGAAACAACCUUGCCAGUGGCAGAGCAUUUCUAUAACACUGGUUGAGAAAGUUCAGAUGAUUGCUGUAAUCCUAGGAUCCCUGUUCUUAAUAGCCAGUGUGACUUGGCUCCUCUGGUCAGCCUUCAGCCCCUAUGCAGUGUGGCAGAGGAAGGACAUCCUUUUUCAGAUCUGCUAUGGAAUGUAUGGUUUUAUGGAUCUAGUGUGCAUAGGUCUCAUUGUUCAUGAAGGAGCUGCAGUUUACAGAGUGUUUAAGCGCUGGCGAGCUGUGAAUUUGCACUGGGAUGUGUUAAAUUAUGACAAAGCCACAGACAUCGAAGAAAGCAGCCGGGGAGAGUCUUCCACAAGUAGGACUUUGUGGUUGCCAUUGACAGCUCUGCGGAACAGAAACUUGGUCCACCCAACUCAGUUAACCUCGCCAAGGUUUCAGUGUGGCUACGUGUUACUGCACCUAUUCAAUCGGAUGAGGCCCCAUGAAGACUUAUCAGAAGAUAACAGCUCGGGGGAGGUUGUGAUGAGAGUGACUUCAGUGUGACAAAAGCAUAAGAUGAUGCAGUGUGGACCACCCUGCACAUUUUGGAAUGUAAUUGCAAUGAAUGGCAAAACCAUAGCACUUCUAAAAACACAUCUAUGAACUUUUUAAAAUUUAUGCUUUUUAUAUGAACAUUUGAAUUGCAAAUACAUUUUUUCUGAGAAAAAGAGUCCUCUUGUUCUUCGUUGUCUGGUUUGUCACAUCUUUUAUAAGUUGGUACUUGAAAUCAUUAUACAUAUAAUUUAACUAUACUUGGUUAAGAGAAUAAUGAAAGUUAUCCUUAAGGCCAAAACUAUUUUUUCUUGCUUGUUUUAAAUAUAUUUUUAUGAAAGCUUU